AUGUUUAAAGGAUUAGUGAGAAAGACAAUACCAUUAGUGGCUUUUGGUGUAGGGAUAGCAGGGUUCCCUCGAGAUUGGAGAGCUGGACACCCCCAAGAUACAAAAUUGCUUCAUAUUAAUGAGGAAGUAUUACGACAAAUACAAUCUACAAAAGAAUAUAAACAACUUGAAUCAAACAAAUCACUUAGACAAUAUAACUCGAGUAAUGCAUUCCCAGGACAACAUCAUAACAAUUAUGUGGGGACUGGACUUUUAUUUGGACCUGAUUUAUUUGAAAUUGAUCCAAUUAAUCAAGCUCCCCCUCAAAGUACAGUAGUAUUGCGGGCAAAAGUUAAAGAAGCUAAGGGAAGAAAAGUUGUUAUUGGAGGUUAUUUGGAAACAUUGCCACUUGAUGAUAAUAAGGCAGAAAAGCCGUUGUUAAUUGCCGAAUCGACUUGCAUACUUGUACAACCAAAAUGGUUUAAAUAUUUCACAUGGCUUCAGAUUUAG